AUGGGCGGCCCCCCUUCAGUUGUUAAACCGGUUGCUGCAGAGAAACCAACCAAAGGGAUCGCGUUGUAUAUCAAUAAUGCGGAUUGUUACAGAAAUAUAGAGGCUACAAAUUCACUAUACAUAUCAGCUGAGAACGUCUAUAGUGAUUUGUGGGCAGUUUCACUCGCAAUAUCUGAAUCCGACGCUUCACCCGAAGUCAAAGAAGUAGAGCAGAAGCAAUGCAGUGACCAUAUGGAAAUCGUUGAGAGAAUAAUCCAUGAUAUUCCAAAUUAUAUUCAUGUAAAGCGUAUUCUUCUUAAAUACCGUGCGAUAACCGAAGUAUUUCGAAAAGGGCGUUUAACAGCGGAAAGGUCGGCUGCAUUAAGCAUAGCUAUGUCCAGCCUAGAACAACAAUUCCAACAUUGCGAAGUGUUGGCUAAAAACAUGAUGACACCUGACGUUUAUCAACAUUAUGCAGCCAACGUUGGAGAGGCAGAAUCGUUCGUUCAGAUAUAUAAGGUUCCGGAAUCAACGCAUUUAACCGAUCAGGAAGCCAGCACUGAAUGGAAGCCAUUAGGUAAAGUGAUAACGUGGAAGGCACAAGAAACCAUUACCAGAAAUACAGAAGAUAUAAAAGAUGCUAAAAAGUCAUCAGGGCACACAGUAAUUAGAAUGGGAGUUAUUCGAACCAUGGUAGCAGUUGGUAUAAUGGCCGCUCUCUGA